GUACUACGCUUUUGAACAGCUGGCACGCGACACAUUGCCUUCCAAUCAUGGUUUCAAGUGCGGCCACGCUCCGUCCGUGCUCUCCUGCAGACAUCGCCGCCAUCACCAGCAUUCUCGACUACUAUGUGCGUAAUACGGUCAUCACCUUUGCCCUUACACCCGCUUCCCGGGACGAGCUCCUGCGUAAGCGGGAUGCUAUCCUCCAUGAGCGCUUACCCUACAUCGUGGCUGUGAAUGACGAGCAGGAAGUGAUUGGCUUCACCUAUGCAACCGGAUUCAGAGGUGAGAGAAAGGGCUACAGACACACGGUCGAACUGUCGCUCUUCUGCCAUCCUAGCUAUACGGCCAAAGGGGUCGGACCACUCCUACUCAACAAACUUCUUGCCGUUCUCAAGGCGCCCGAGCAGUAUCCAGAAUACAUCUGCACUCCAAGGAACGAGGAUGAGAAGGUCAGAAUGGUCAUGGCCUGUAUGUCGGUAGAUGACACGGCCUGGAAGGAAGGCCUUGGGCUAAGGGAUUUUUACGUCAAACAUGGGUUCGAGGAAGUUGGUCAUUUCAAGAAGGUUGGGCACAAGUUCGACCGCUGGAUCGAUACCCUCUAUCUCCAGCUCCCUCUCUGGUAGCUGAAGUCCUGAUAAUAGGAAGGCUGGUUUAUGCUCGAGGGCUCGCAAUUGAUUUGGGGAUGCCGGGACUUGCGGCCUUUUGCUGCUCGUGAUUGCAGAUUUGGAUGCCCUGCUUCAUGCAGAGUCGUCCACAAGGAAACGACCCGAUUG